CCUCAGCCUUCGCCUGCUCUUAUUUUAAGGGGAUCUGUAUAUAUCUGUAUGGAUGUUUGCCCUCUUCAAAUACCUAUGGGCCGGCUAUGGUCUAUGAUUAACAGCUCCAUUUUCCCAUCCUCUGCUGUCUCUAGCUCAAAGGCCAAACCAAACCAUUUACGAUUGCCAUGGCAACCAAGCAAAAAUCGGUGCCUUCGCUCUUCGCCUUCCUGAAGGAAGGUCUUCUCCUCCCAAACCGCAACCGCGGCCUCUUCGCGGCGGUCACGGCCCUCAUCGUCGCUUCCAACUGGGUCCUGUUCGUCACCAACGAUGUCGCCAUCCAGCCCCUCUCCGACGAGAUCCAGCUCGACGUCAAGGCGCUCAACGGCACGGACCCCAGGACCCCCGACUACGCGAAGCUCCUGAAGGAGAUCAGGGAUGACACCCACAAGCUCAUGCUCCUCGCCCCGGCCUAUCUCCUGUUCGCCGUCGUCGCCGUCGGCUCCGCGACCCGGAUCGUCGCCCUCUUCGCCGCCGUCGCGACAUACUCGGGCGAGGAGCAGCACACGUUCGGGUCGCUCCUCGGCAGGGCCAAGGCGCAGCUCAAGGGGCCCCUGCUGACGCUCGCCUUCGUCUACGUCCUGGAGAUGGCCUACGCCGCGAUCCUGGUCCUGGCUUUCGUUGUCGACGUCUUUCUCAUGUUGAAGGGACACAAGGCGCUGUUCCUCGUCGGGUCGCUGAUCGCUUUCGCGGGCGCCGUGGUCUUCAUCUACUUCUCCGUCGUCUGCUCCUUCAGCGUCGUCGUGGCCGUGGCCGAGCCGGGCUGCCACGGCCCGGGCGCGUUGGGCCGGGCGUGGAGGUUGGUGAAGGAGAGGAGAAGGAGGAGACAGGUGUUGUUAUGGGUCGCCGUUAGCGGCGCCCUCGCCGGGGUCUUCUCUCCGGUGCAUACGCUCGCAAGGAGGUGCGCGAUUGACAGCAUGGCGGCAGGGUUGCUCCUGGAAUUUGCCUAUGUUCUUCUUAUGGCCGUCGUGCAGGUGUUCGCCACCUGCGCCGUUACCGCGUUAUACUACGAGUGCAAGGAUAGCAGCCAGCAGCUGACCUCUGCUGAAUACACCAGCGUACCCACACAAGAAGCAAAUGCUUGAUUAAGUGCCUCAACUUGUCGCACCUGAUUGGUUAAUUGCCACGUCAAACCAGAGCCUUAUUCUGCUGUACUGUACUCUUUAUUCUACUGUAUUGUUAGCUAGUGUUUCUCUCCUUGUAAAUGCUCCCCCUGGCAAAUUUAUAAGGUGUGUAUUAUGGUUCUCAAAGUUCGAUCAACAGUAAAAUUAAUAAUAUAUGCGCCAUGCAUGCUUGUAUG